AUGGGAAAAUUGCAACAAACAACAGGACAGACUGCAGCAAGCUGCCAGAAUAAAACCCGUGCAAAACCUAAAGGCAACGAAGUAUCAAGAGGUCAGAAAAAGAGCCGCGCUCUCAGACGCUCCGUCCUUCAUCCGCUCCGAGUCAAACCUCUUUCAUUCACACCCUCCGCCGUGUUCUUCGUCACUCCGUCCAACUGCCACGCCGUGUUCGUCGUCCACGUCGUCGUUCGCCGUCCAAUUGCUUUCGUCCACGUCGUCCGCCGUCCACGUCGUUCGCCGUCCACAUCGUCCAAGUCGUCCAAAGAAUUGCUCAGAGCAAUUGCAUCAAUUGCUCAGAGCAAAGAAUUGUCUGCUCUAUGUCAAAAGAUUAUCCAUUUGAUACCGAAAAGACAACUUCAAAGUGAAGGAAGUUGUGUUGAAAUCGAAGUCGCUUGUAACUAA